AGUACCAGGUAGUCUUGUCAGCUUCUCUGUGCUAACCCUGUAUUCUACUGAAAAAUCCCCUGUACUUGGUAUACCCACUCAAAGAUAACAUUGAUUGUUGCCUGGGACGAUGUAUAAGGGGCACUUGGUGUACUUUUGUACUUGCUUCCUUCGCGUCCUUACCCAUUCUCACAUUGGCUAAGUGAGGGACCAUGGCGACCGUCAUUGAUUCAGACCAGAAAGACCCGUCUGAUAUAGCCGAUGCAGCCGAUUCACCAAUCACGAGUGAGGAGACCCCAUCACUGUCUGCGCCCGCACACGAUGGGAUGCAAACUUUCAGAAAAUAUACGGUAAUAUUCGCGCUAUUUGUAAGUUGCAACAAUCAUCAGUCAUAGACAUUACGAUCGGAUGCACACUAAGUAACGCGCUGACAGCUCUCUCUUUUCGUUGCGGCACUAGAUGCCACUAUCGUUGCAACCGCUGCUCCGACAAUAAGCAAUGAGCUCGCUUCUUCCGCUGGUUACACUUGGAUUGGAGGAGCGUUUCUUCUCACCAGCGUGACGACAAGCCCAAUUUGGGUCAAGCUGUCCGAUAUCUGGGGUCGAAAGGUCAUUCUUGUUGUCCUUCUCGCUUGGCUCUUCGUCAGUUCUACCAUCUGCGCUACCGCGAAAAACAUUGAAGCGUUGCUAGCAGGAAGAGCUCUUCAGGGAGCCGCAUCUGGAGGCCUCAUCUUGCUCGUUCACGUAUGUAUCAGUGAUUUGUUCAGUCUUAGGUACGCAAAGGAAUCUCCUGCAAUGUGAAUCCCUUCACAUUUGAAGACCUUGCGUGUCUCACGCAACUUUAUUUGUACCAAAGCUUACGGAUUGGGCCAACACAGGAAGCGUAGCCUUCUCCUGGGCUUGACGGAAGGCGUCUGGGCCAUUGCAGGCGGGAUUGGCCCUGUGCUGGGCGGCGUAUUCUCUUCACUCAGCACAUGGCGCUGGUGCUUUUGGAUCAAUCUUCCCAUCUCCGCUGUAGCAGCGGUCAUUAUCAUUUAUCUGCUGGAUAUUAAACACGAACAUACCUCUUUCAAGGAUGGCGUGAGAGCAUUAGACUGGGCUGGAAUGUUCACGUUCCUCGGCUGCAGCGUCCUAUUGCUGCUUGGCCUGGAUUUCGGUGGCAAGAUUUUCCCAUGGAACUCGGCCACAGUGAUAGCUUUGUUGGCGGUUGGUGGGAUUUUAGUCUUCGCAUUUAUUUACAGCGAGGUCAAGAUUGCGAAAUACCCACUUAUGCCGAUGGAUAUCUUUGCUAAGGGCGUAAAUGUCGCCAUCCUGUUAUUGACUCUCGGUCAUGCACUUGUAGCUAUUACCCAAUUGACAUUCCUGAAGACAUUUAACGAACUAAUCUUUACAGGCUUUUAUGAGCGCAGAAUACUAUUUGCCUGUGCUUUUUCAAUCCUCGUUUGAAGCCGGCCCUCUCAAGUCUGGGCUGCUUCUUUUGCCAUUUAUCAUCACCACUGCUAUCUCGGGCAUCGCAUGUGGUGUAUUUAUUCAUCGUACUGGCCGCUUCCAGGAGAUAAUCUGGGUGGGUGCACUUUGUCUAUGCCUCGGAUUCGGACUCUUCGUUUCAUUUAAUAUAAAUACCACCAUUUCUCAGAUCAUCGGUUAUCAGAUAAUUGGCGGCAUGGGUUCAGGAUUUCUAUUCGAGACUACAAUCAUCGCUAUUCAAAGCCAGGUAAGCCAAGAGGAUAUGGCAACCGCUACUUCAACACUAUGUUUUAUCCGAAACGUUGGCAUCACCCUCUCUGUCAUUAUCGGUGGCAGCUUUUUUCAGAGCUCUAUGGAUAAGCAAAUAGCCUCGCUUAACGCUGUUGGUUUGCCUCAGGAAUUGGUUAUCAAAUACUCCGGAAGCAAUGUUCUCGCGACCAUUCUGUCGAUAAGAGAUAUACAAGACCAGACUUGGAGGAUAGCCAUCGAGAAUGCUGUCUUGUUAGCCAUGAGAAACGUGUGGAUUCUGUUCACGGCAGUGGCAUUUGUAGGAUUUGUUGCCAGUCUUUUUGUCAGGCAGGGGCACUUGACUACAGAACAUACUGUCACUGGUACGGGACUGAAGAAACCAUAAGGGGAUACUGCUAUUUCAUUGUAAUAGGUAUAGAGCGUUGGCAUGCAUCAAUUGCUCUGGCCUGAAAAUCAAUCAAUGGAUUUGUUGAAAUCGCCCAAGGCAACGAAGUUCUUCUGUGAGGAGAAAGGUGACCUUGGACGAGCUAGAUACUGAUCUUCCAUUUGCAAUACUACCUUAAAUGCCACCACUGACAAGUGAAGAUAUACCAAAUUUGA